AUGUCGGCUCAUCGGCCAAACGCCUUCAACAGCCUCCGGAUGGGAGAGGUGAUCCGCGAGAAGGUCCAAGAUGGAGUGACUGGAGAAACUCGGGAUCUGCAAUACACGCAAUGCAAGAUUGUUGGAAAUGGCUCCUUCGGUGUUGUUUUCCAGACCAAGCUGUCCCCUUCCGGAGAGGAUGCUGCUAUUAAACGAGUUCUUCAGGACAAGCGAUUCAAGAACCGUGAGCUCCAGAUCAUGCGCAUUGUCCGCCACCCCAACAUUGUUCAGUUGAAGGCUUUCUAUUAUUCCAAUGGUGAACGUAAAGAUGAGGUUUACUUGAACCUCGUCCAAGAGUUCGUGCCCGAGACCGUCUACCGAGCCUCUCGAUUUUUCAACAAGAUGAAAACUACUAUGCCCAUCCUGGAGGUCAAGUUGUACAUCUACCAGUUAUUCAGAGCCUUGGCAUACAUUCACUCCCAGGGCAUCUGUCACCGAGACAUCAAACCUCAGAACCUUCUCCUGGAUCCCAACAGCGGCAUCCUUAAGCUUUGCGAUUUCGGAAGUGCGAAAAUUUUGGUCCCUAAUGAGCCCAACGUUUCGUACAUCUGCUCCCGGUACUACCGUGCACCUGAACUUAUCUUUGGUGCGACAAAUUAUACCACAAAGAUCGAUGUGUGGUCUACUGGCUGUGUGAUGGCUGAAUUGAUGCUUGGUCAACCUCUCUUCCCUGGCGAGUCCGGCAUUGAUCAGCUCGUCGAAAUAAUCAAGGUCCUGGGCACUCCUACUCGAGAACAAAUUCGAACCAUGAACCCCAACUACAUGGAGCACAAGUUCCCCCAGAUCAAGCCUCAUCCAUUUAACAAGGUCUUCCGAAAGGCGGAUGCCAAUGCUAUUGACCUCAUCGCCCGCCUCCUUGAGUACACCCCAACCGAGCGACAGUCAGCCAUCGAUGCUAUGGUUCACCCUUUCUUUGACGAACUUCGGGACCCCAAUACAAAGCUUCCUGAUUCGCGACACGGCACUGGCCAGCUUCGUGAACUCCCUGCACUUUUCGAUUUCACCCGUCAUGAACUCUCAAUCGCCCCCAGCCUGAACCAAAAGCUUGUUCCAGCACACAUCCGACCCGUGCUAGCAUCUCAAGGCCUUGAUAUCGACCACUUCACACCCUUGACGGAGCAGGAGAUGAUGGCGAAACUCGAUUGA